AUGCCUGACAAUCAAUCAAGUGAAAACGAUAAACAGAAAGGAGGUAGCUCAUCUGGUGGCAAUAAAAAAAGUGAAAAAUUAGACGGAAGACCUAAAAUUGAUACAUUUAAUAAUAAAAAUGGACUAGCUAUAAAAACAUAUGCAUGGGAAAUAAAAAAUCCUGUGGCUAUUUUAUUUUUAGUUCAUGGAUUAAGUGGGAAUGCACGUUUUGAGUAUUUAAAACAUAAUGUUACAUUAGUAGGGUAUGAAAAAGCUAUACUAAAUGAUGCAGAUAAUUAUUAUAUAUAUAAAGGUAGUUGGGUUGAAGAAUUUAAUAAAAAAGGAAUAAGUGUAUAUGGGUUAGAUUUACAAGGUCAUGGUUUAUCAGAAGGAUGGGAAAACUUAGUGAAACAUGUUAGAGAAUUUGAUGAUAUGGUUUAUGAUGUUUUACAAUUUAUUAAUAGAGUUCAUGAUACAUUAUGUUUAGAAAAAUAUAAGAGUAAUCUUAAUAGUGGUGAAAAUGCAAAUUCUCUACAUAAUAAUAUUAUAAAUACAAAAUUACCUCCAUUUUAUAUUAUGGGCCAAUCAAUGGGAGGAAAUAUAUCUUUGCGUCUUUUAGAAACGUUAGAAAAAUCGAAAGAUAUAACAGCUAAUAAUAAUAAAAUAAAUAUAAGAGGUGCUAUAUCAUUAGCAGGUAUGAUAUCCAUCGAUGAAAUGCUAAAAAAACCUUCAUUUAAAUAUUUUUAUAUGCCAUUUGGAAAAAUGUUAUCAGCAACUUUUCCUAGUUUACGAAUUCUUCCGCCAUUAGAAUUUAAGAAAUUCCCAUACGUAAAUGAUAUAUUUAAAUAUGAUAAAAAUGUAUCAUUAAGACCAGUUACUUGUAAGCUUGGUUAUGAAUUAUUUAGAGCUAUUGAAAAUUUAAAUAAUGAUAUUAGCUAUUUGCCAAAAGAUGUACCAUUAUUAUUUGUUCAUUCACGGGAGGAUACUGCUUGCUUUUUUGGUGGUGUUCAAAGAUUUUUUAAUAACGUCAAAUCAAAUAAUAAAGAACUAUUUGCUUUAGACGAUAUGGAUCAUGUUUUAACUAUGGAACCAGGAAACGAACGAAUUUUAAAAAAAGUCACAGAGUGGAUUCUAAACCUAUCAUCCCGCAACUAA